AUGAGUUAUGCACGACGGGGACCAACAGCAUCGUUGCUAGGAAAUAGUAAUGUAUUAGUCACAGGCGGAGCUAAUGGUAGCAUUACCCUAAAUACUGCUGAAUUAUAUGAUCCAUCAACAGGAACCUGGAUGGCGACACCAAACAUGCAGCAUGCCCGAGAAAAUCAUGCUGCAGCCGUAUUAACCAAUGAAAACGUAAUAGUGAUCGGUGGAUGGAAUCAUAGUUCUAAUAUGAAUGCUGUUGAGUCCUAUAAUUCAACAACAGUUACAGGUGGUGGUGGUGGUGGUCUCAAUAGUACCGAAUUGCAUGAUCCAUUAACCGGAACUUGGAGUAUUACUAGGAGCAUGAAUGUGCCACGAUCUGAACACGCAGCUGUCGCAUUACUUAAUGGUAUAGUAUUAGUUGCCGGUGGAAUUAACGUAACUGAUGAAAAAACUGCAGAAUUAUAUCGAUUGCUUGGAAUAAAUCAAUAA